AUGACUAAAGCUAUGUAUAAAAUUGCUUUAAAAAUUCUUAUAGGAGGUAUAACAGUUGUCCCAAUUCGUCGUGAAGCAACCUUGCCUGCUAGAAGAUUCCAUUCAGAAUUAAGAAGUGAAUUGAAAAGAGAGGGAAUUGACGAUAUUUAUGGAAAUGUAGGUAAACAACUACAAUCUUAUGGAGGGAAUUUUAAUUUUGAUCGGUAUUCAACUUAUGAUAAAAGGCAACAACAAAAUUAUGACCGUCCUUUGACAACUUUUGAUAUUUGGAGGGAAAAAUAUAAAAAUGAAGCAAUUCAAGAACCCAAAACUUUAGCUACUUCUUAUACUAUAAAUUAUCCAAAUGGAACUGCAACAGCUGCAGAGUAUUCAACUUUUCAACAAAAUGUUGAUGGUGAAGGUGGAACUGCAUUGAAGCAUUUUCAACACACCAAACAUCAACAAAAUCAACGAGAAUACAAGGAAUGGCAUUCAGGCGAUAAACAGCAGCAUCGUUCUGCUGCAGAUUCUUAUACAACAAUGGGAACAUUAAGGAAUUCGGCAGAAGAAAGGCAAGCUAGAAAAGCAAUUCAAUAUCAUCAAAAACAAGAAAAACAGCAUCGCGAAAGAGGAGAGGGAGAUCAUCAUUAUCAUCGCCAAAAUUAUGAACAUUAUACGAAUGGCUGGGUUGGUGGUCAUGGCGAUGGGAUUAAUUAUCUAAAUAAAAAGUAUUAUUAA